UUGAGAGGAAGUUACCACCUCUUCCCCAGACUCUGUACACACACGCUCAGGCAGACACACACACACACACACGCUCUUCAGAACUUGAACACAGCAACAACAGGGAAUCAACUGAAAUAGUCAGGACUGCUUGUAAUGCUGUGAUUCUUUCUGAAUUUGGAGGGAAAGAAGGCUUUGCCCGACGCUUUCUGUGUGGACUGAACCGUUUGAGAGGGACGUUUCUUGGUAUGACAGACCGGGUGGCCAAAUGAACGGUUUAGCCUGAGGACCAAAGAUCACAGGCCCUGUUCCAACAGCAAGGGAGAGAAAGACAGAGAAGCGUGAUCGUUCUGCAGCCAUUAUCCAACUUCUUUUACACCAUGAGCUGGAUCUGAGAACGUGCUUCAUAUUUUCAUUUUGUGGUGGGAAGAAAUCAAAGUCAAGGUCACCAUGGAUGUGAAGAAAAAAGAAAUGGACCUCCUGAGCAACAGCAUAGCUGCAUACGCACACAUCAAAGCAAACCCAGAGAGCUUCGGCCUUUACUUCGUGCUUGGAGUUUGUUUCGGCCUGGUGCUGACGCUCUGCCUCCUGGUCAUCCGCAUCUCCUGCAAGCCGCGGACCAACGUCGCCCCCACCACGCCUGAGAAAAAACACUUAAAGGACACCAGCGAGGAGGACGAGGAGAGUGAGGACGAUGACGAUGAAGACGGGGAUGAUGUAGAGGCACCUAUCCCUUUGCCCAGCACAGAAAUCCCUGUUGGUAAUCAUACCAGCCAAUCAAAUGGGACACUGAGUGUGAACGUGUUUACUUCAGCUGAGGAGCUGGAACGGGCACAGCGACUGGAGGAGAGGGAACGAAUCAUACGUGAGAUCUGGAGGAAUGGCCAGCCUGACAUCCUGGGGUCGGGAACAGGUACUAUCGGAAGAGUGCAUUACUACUAAGACACACAAGGCUUCAAGAGAAACACUGUGAGCCCCGUGAAGGACAGACAUAGACCUUUGGGUGGGCCCGAUGUCCCUGAAGCCUGGGAGACUUGUGUUUGAUACAAUGCAACAUCAUGGAAACAGGACAACAGUGAUGUGACACUUUGAUUGGCCAACACUCAGCCCUGACAGAGCUGAACUAUGUGAUAUUGCACUUCCCAUGUAGCAAUGUUAUUUUCAACUGACUACAUGAAAUAUAAACCAAGAGGUGUCUUAAAGACUGAUUGAUCCAUAUGGAAAAGAUGCAGUAUGAAUGUGGGAGCUGACAGACACUUGAAGUAAUCAGUCUGUUAAAAUGUAUGGCGCUUAAUGACAAUAAUGCACACAGUUAGGUUUAUGUAUGUAAGAAGUGGAAAAUGAAAGCAUAUAUUAGGACAAUGUAUGUACUGUAUGUUGCAAUGAAGAUUUUCUUUUGUUUGCAGUGAGGACAAUUCUCCUCUAGACUGGUUAGUUUGUGGGGGAAAGAAAACAGGAAAUUACAUUAUUUGAACAAACACAUAUCAAUCAGUGUGGUGGGUCAGAUUACGCAAUAUGAUAUAAAGACAAUUACAAUUGGACUCUUUAAUUUAUCAGUACAUUAAAUCCAUGUCUGUGUUUUCAGGGAUAAUUCUACCAAAGGAAAUGACAGAAUUAAAGUAUUACGCUUAAAACGUUUUCUGCUGUUGUUUCUCUUCAUAUUGCUUUGGGCCUUGAUGGAGAAUCAAGGGACAGAGAGAGAGAGAGAGCGGUACAAUUAUGGUUAUAUGUUUUUAUAAGGUGGACUCUGCCUGGUGGAGUGAGACAUGAGGGUUGUGAAAGGAGGAUGUUCUGAUAACAGAAUGGGAUAACUCAGUCGGAACCGGUUCCGUACGGCAGCCUACAUCACUCAAGCGCACCCUUGGAAAGGCGGUCCAUUUACCACCUGUCACACCUGCUCACUAAUUUGUUGCUUCUACUGCAGCUCUUGUCGUAUUUCCUAGACAAACUUGCCCGCUAAAAGUCCAGCCAUGUUACUUAAGAACGGUUUUAUGGAUUCAUAAUCCGUAAAUGCGUCGCUCAUCCCCGUCUUCUCCGUCGGUCACGUCAGCUGUCCAAUCACGCGCGUCCUACCUGCGUUUUCCUUCACCUGCUGUCGACAACUUGGGACCUCAGCGCUUCCUCAAGCUAAGUGCAGCUAAUGUAUCUAACGUGUAUCGUGAAGAAUGUCUUAGCUGUGAUAAGUUGCUGACAACAGAGCAAAGCAAUGCAGCUUGUUUUUUAAGCCACGCCAGCAGCGAGGCUUGUAGGGGCGGUCAGUUGGUCAACCACUGUGAACCAGACUGAGCCAUUUGAUGGAUUGCCUUGCCAUUUGUUUACAGACAUUCACUUUCC